GCAUGAACCUGGAAGCGGGCGGCAGGGGCUCAGAGUUCGGCAUGGGCGCGGUGAGCUGCGGCAACGGGAAACUCCGCCAGUGGCUGAUCGACCAGAUCGACAGCGGCAAGUACCCUGGCCUGGUGUGGGAGAACGAGGAGAAGAGCGUCUUCCGCAUCCCGUGGAAGCACGCGGGCAAGCAGGACUACAACCGAGAGGAGGACGCCGCCCUCUUCAAGGCUUGGGCACUAUUUAAAGGGAAGUUUCGAGAAGGUAUCGACAAGCCGGAUCCUCCUACUUGGAAGACAAGACUUCGAUGUGCUCUAAACAAGAGCAAUGAUUUUGAGGAACUGGUAGAGAGGAGCCAGCUGGAUAUCUCUGACCCGUACAAGGUGUACAGGAUUGUUCCAGAGGGAGCCAAAAAAGGAGCAAAGCAGCUCACGUUGGAAGACACCCAGAUGGCCAUGGGCCACCCCUACCCCAUGACAGCGCCUUAUGGCUCACUGCCGGCGCAGCAGGUGCAUAACUACAUGGUGCCACCCCAUGACAGGAGCUGGAGGGAUUAUGCCCCUGACCAGUCACACCCAGAUAUCCCAUAUCAGUGUCCUGUGACAUUUGGCCCCCGCAGCCACCACUGGCAAGCCCCAUCUUGUGAAAAUGGUUGCCAGGUGACAGGAACCUUUUAUGCUUGUGCCCCACCUGAGUCCCAGGCUCCUGGAAUCCCCAUUGAGCCAAGCAUAAGGUCUGCUGAAGCCUUGGCACUGUCAGACUGCCGCCUACAUAUCUGCCUGUAUUACCGGGACAUCCUAGUGAAAGAGGUGACCACGUCCAGCCCUGAAGGCUGCCGGAUCUCCCAUGGACAUACCUAUGAUGUCAGCAACCUGGACCAGGUCCUGUUUCCCUACCCAGAGGACAAUGGGCAAAGGAAGAACAUCGAGAAGCUGCUGAGCCACCUGGAGAGGGGACUGGUCCUCUGGAUGGCCCCAGAUGGCCUUUAUGCCAAAAGACUUUGCCAGAGCAGGAUCUACUGGGAUGGGCCCCUGGCGUUGUGCAGUGACCGGCCCAACAAACUAGAAAGAGACCAGACCUGCAAGCUCUUUGACACACAGCAGUUUCUAUCAGAACUGCAAGUGUUUGCUCACCAUGGCCGGCCAGCACCAAGAUUCCAGGUGACCCUGUGCUUCGGUGAGGAAUUUCCAGACCCUCACAGGCAGAGGAAGCUCAUCACAGCUCAUGUGGAGCCUCUACUAGCCAGACAACUGUAUUAUUUUGCUCAACAAAACAGUGGACACUUCCUGAGGGGCUAUGAUUUAUCUGAACACAUUGGCACUCCAGAUUACCACCGGUCCCUCCGUCAUUCCUCCAUCCAAGAGUGAAAAGCCAGCCUCGGGGAAGGAUUUUGCUUUGUUGUAAAUACUCUGACAGGGCAGCUGAUGGGUGCCCUUUUUCUUUGAAGAGCUACGAAGUGGGUUCACAGUUGAAGAGACAACAAGAGGGAUUUGUGAGGAAAAACAGCUGUACCUGCUCAACAGAGGAGCUUGCCCCAGAAGAGUGACUAUCAUCCAGGUCUGACAAGUACCAGCACACUGGUGACUGUGCUCUGACUUCUAACUGUGAAACUUUAUUAGUGACGUGUUUACAUGUCCUUAAAUGCUGGUUUUAGCCUGGUGUCGAUGGGUCUUUGCUUGAAGACUGAAAAGCUGUGCCAGUGUGGAUCUCUGACUAGAGAAGAGAGAUUUAAGUAUUAUUGAUCCAUUUCUCAGGGAAGUAAGUC